AUAAAGUCAGUCUUAAGUCCAAUAGCCUGGACCCCUGUCAAUCAUCUCUCCAUUCUAGCCUAGUCUGACUUUUCCUCCUCCUUGUCUCCCCCCCACCCCACCCCUUUUUGGAUCUCAGAUGAUUACCUUGGAGCCCGGUUACCUGUUCUUGGGCUCUCGCCUGGGGAACUCCCUCCUGCUGAAAUACACCGAGAAGCUCCAGGAAGCCCCGAUGAGCAUCGCUAAGGACUCUGCCGAGAAGGAAGAGCCCCCCCUGAAGAAGAAGCGCGUGGAGCAGUCCGCCAACUGGUCCGGAGGGAAGUCGGCUCCGCAGGACGAAGUGGAUGAGAUCGAGGUGUAUGGCAGCGAGGCCCAGUCCGGCACCCAGCUGACCACUUACUCUUUUGAGGUCUGUGACAGUAUCCUGAACAUUGGGCCCUGCGCCAACGCUGCCAUGGGGGAACCGGCCUUUCUCUCGGAGGAGUUCCAGAAUAGUCCUGAACCUGAUCUAGAAAUUGUGGUGUGCUCGGGCUACGGCAAGAACGGUGCCCUCUCAGUCUUGCAGAAAAGCAUCCGUCCUCAGGUGGUAACGACCUUUGAACUGCCCGGCUGCUACGACAUGUGGACCGUGAUCUCACCCCGGAAGGCAGAGGAAGCCCCUCAGGAAGAAGAUACUCAGGAAGAAGGUACUGAGAAGGAGCCUUCUCCACCUGAGCCAGCAGAUGAUGGGAAGCGACAUGGGUUCCUCAUCCUGAGCCGUGAAGACUCCACCAUGAUCUUGCAGACCGGCCAGGAGAUCAUGGAGCUGGACACCAGCGGCUUUGCCACUCAGGGCCCCACCGUAUAUUCCGGCAACAUUGGCGAGAACCGCUACAUCGUCCAAGUGUCCCCUCUAGGUAUCCGCCUGCUGGAAGGAGUGAACCAGCUACAUUUCAUCCCGGUGGACCUCGGCUCCCCCAUUGUGCACUGUGCCGUGGCCGAUCCCUACGUGGUGAUCAUGAGUUCUGAAGGCCAAGUGACCAUGUUCGUGCUGAAGAGCGACACCUACGGAGGCCGGACGCACCGCCUGACCUUACAGAAACCGCAGCUGCACCAC